GGUUCCCUUCUAGUCACGACCCAUUCCACUCCUGUCAGUAGUGUGAAUGUUGUCACAUCUGCUCAUAUCCUGCGUGUUGAGCUGGUUUCACACAUCAGAAAGUUUCUAUGAUGGCGUCUAAACGUCGAGCAGGUGGUGACAGCAUGAGAGCAGACAAGAAGAAGAAGAAGAAGGAGAAGAAGAGUUGUUGUGAGGAAGCAGCUGAGCUGUGUUCAGUGGUAGAAGAGGAGCAGGUGAAGAAGAGAGUGCAGGAGGCGUGGAGCCAGAGGACUCCUCUCACACACGGGGAUCUGGAGCUGGACUGCCACCCUUUCCCUCACUGCGUCAUCAAGAACUUCCUCGGCAGCGAGACCUUCGUGGAGAACCUGCAGAGAGAGCUGCUGGAGCUCAACUUCCACGAGAAGUCAAACGAUCUGUACAAAUUCAAACAGUCAGAUGACUUGAAGAAGAGAACAGAGCCACAUAUCGCUGGACUGAGGACGGCGCUGUUUGGGCGUUUCCGCUCCUGGCUCGGGGAAGUGUUGGGGGUUGAACUGGAGCCCACAGUGGAUAUUUCUUGUGCCAAAUAUGAAUACACAGAUGUGCUUCUGUGUCAUGAUGAUGAACUGGAGGGGAGGCACGUUGCUUUCAUCCUGUAUCUAGUGCCUCCAUGGGAGAGCAGUGACGGAGGAACCCUCGACCUCUACACAACAGACAGUAAUUUCCAACCACAGAGUAUAGUGAAGUCGCUCGUACCCUCUUUGAACACACUCGUCCUCUUUGAAGUUUCUCCAGUCUCCUUUCACCAAGUGUCAGAGAUUUUGACGCAGGAUAAGUGUCGUUUGUCUCUGAGCGGCUGGUUUCACGGGCCAUCUUUGGAGCGUCCUCCUCGCCACAUAGAGCCCCCCGUCUCACGGAGUCCACACUUACCGAGAGAUGAAACGUUGCUGCUGGAGUGGAUCAACCCAGUGUACCUGGACAUAUCCUACCAAGAGCAGGUUCAGGAGGAGUUUGAGGACAGCUCUGAAAUUCAGCUCAAAGAUUUUCUCAAGGAAGAGAAGUUCAGGGAGGUGAAAGAAGCUCUGCGACUCGCUCAGAUUCAGUGGACGAAGAGAGGUCCGCCUAAUAAGAGAUGCUAUGAAGCGGCCUCUCUGGACACCCUGCCUCAGUGUGUGAGUGCAUGCUGGGAGCUGCUUCGUUCAGAGUCUUUCUUCCUGCUUCUCUCCAACUUCACCGGCCUUCGAUUGCACUACCUGUGUCCUGCCGAUGAUGACGAGGAGAAUAAAGAUGAGGAGAAAGAAGACGCACAGGGCGGAGAAGCCACGGGGUCCUCGACCGAAUCGCCACCAGCAAAUACGAGCGGAGAGAAAGAGCUGAGCACACCUGUGUGUUGUGGUGAACUACGUCGAUGGUCUCAUGGCGGCUACACGCUGUUGCAUGAUGCAGAAGCAGCGCGGGCAGAGUACGCUCUCGACCUUGUUUUACCUUUUUGUGGUGCGGACUGGCAGUCAGAGUUUGGGGGCUUCACUUGUUACGUUGCUAAUGAAGAGGAUGAGGAGCUCCUGACGGUGUAUCCAGAGGAUAAUUCCCUCGCCCUCGUCUACAGAGACAAAGAAACCCUCAAAUUUGUCAAACAUGUCAACCACAAAAGCUCCUCUGCAUCUGCUAACAGCUCUACCUGCAGAGCGUUUUAUGACUUCUCUUUUGUGUACUACGAAUAAAAAAAUGUGUGUAUCUAUCUUG